AUGGCCGACACUCUUGCUUCACAGUUGAACAGUACAAGCCUAGGGGAUGACGCGAAAUGGAAGGAAAAUCUGAACGCUCCUGCAAAGGAUGCUAGGCCGCAGACUGAGGACGUGACAGCUACGAAAGGUCUAGAAUUCGAAGACUUCUAUAUCAAGCGUGAGUUGAUGAUGGGUAUCUUCGAAGCUGGUUUUGAGAAGCCCUCGCCUAUCCAAGAAGAAACAAUACCGGUUGCUCUUACCGGUAGGGAUAUCCUGGCACGUGCGAAAAACGGAACAGGAAAGACGGCUGCUUUUGUCAUCCCCACCUUAGAACGCAUCAACCCCAAGAGCACCAAAACUCAGGCCCUUAUCCUUGUCCCCACAAGAGAAUUAGCGCUACAAACAUCUGCCGUUUGCAAGACACUUGGAAAGCACUUAGGUAUCAACGUCAUGGUCACCACAGGAGGAACCGGAUUGAUGGACGAUAUUAUCCGAUUGAACGACGCAGUCCAUAUUCUUGUUGGAACCCCAGGAAGAGUGCUUGAUUUGGCCAGCAAGGGCGUUGCCGAUCUUUCGGAGUGUCCCACAUUUGUUAUGGAUGAAGCAGACAAGCUGCUGUCCCCUGAAUUUACACCCGUCAUUGAGCAGUUGCUAUCGUUUCAUCCCAAGGAUCGCCAGGUUAUGCUAUUCAGUGCCACAUUCCCGUUGAUCGUCAAGUCAUUCAAGGAUAAACAUAUGCGCAACCCUUAUGAAAUCAACCUCAUGGACGAACUUACCUUACGAGGAAUCACUCAGUAUUAUGCUUUCGUGGAAGAAAAGCAAAAGGUCCAUUGCCUCAAUACUCUGUUCUCCAAGCUUCAAAUUAACCAGUCGAUCAUUUUCUGCAAUUCGACAAAUCGGGUCGAACUCCUUGCAAAAAAGAUUACGGAACUGGGCUACUCAUGCUUCUAUUCUCAUGCCCGAAUGCUUCAACAUCACCGUAACCGCGUCUUCCAUGAUUUCCGAAACGGCGUAUGCCGCAACCUUGUCUGCUCCGACCUACUUACUCGUGGUAUUGAUAUCCAAGCAGUCAACGUUGUCAUCAACUUUGACUUCCCUAAGAAUGCCGAGACCUACCUUCACCGAAUUGGUCGUUCUGGGCGUUUCGGCCAUUUGGGUCUUGCCAUUAACCUCAUCAACUGGGAUGACCGCUUCAAUCUGUAUAGAAUCGAACAGGAAUUAGGAACCGAGAUUCAGCCCAUUCCUCAGAACAUCGACAAGAAGCUUUAUGUCUAUGACUCUCCGGAUACUAUUCCCCGCCCCAUUGCUCAUUCCUCUCAGCCACGUCAGGCGAUCGGCCCGGUCCCGAACGCAAACAACGGAGAGUACCCACAACAGCAGCAACGUCGCCACAAUGAACAUACGAAUGGCGGUAACUAUCAGUUCAACCGAGGUCGCGGUGCAUACCGUGGACGUGGCCAAGGCCAGCGACGUAACAUGCAGGGCGAUGCCAACAAAUUUGUCGCUUCGCAGGGCUAA